CAGUAGGAGAAGAGAGAGAGAGAGUGAGAGCGGGAUGAAAAUCAGUGCCCGGCCACGCGACGCACGCGCCACGCAUCAACAACUCUCGCGGUCGGGGCGACAUUGAAGGGCUGUCAGUUUUCGGGUGGUUACAGAGUGCGUCCAUGGUGUUGUACAAAGAGCUACCCACAACAUUUCUCCCGUGUUUUUCACGAAGUGCAGGAGGUGAAAACUACCCGCCGCCAUUUUUUUUGGAAUUGACUGACUGGGAGUGGAGAGUUAGCUGUAAACUGGCCACAGCUGAUUUAGUUUAUAUUCCCUGUGAGUCAUCAUCACCUUCAACACUGUCAGCCCGGACGGCCCGGAGAGACUGUAAAUACACCGACUCUUCUUCACUACGCGAGCUGUCGAAGGUCCCGAAGGAAUAAACAAGGAGAGGAUUUUGUUUACACAUUUCUCCUGAAUCCUCACUAACUGAUCCUCCCAGCAUAGCUGCUGUGGGCUAAGUUAGCCACAUUAGCACGCUGAGGUUUUCUCCUGGAGUCCGAUUAAACCUGGCCUGGUGGACGGGUCUCUGUGUGAACGCUGCCUCUCUCUGGCAGAUGAGUAACCUGCGGGGCCUGACGUGUCGCAGUCGCACGGCCAGAUAGUCCCCUGCGAGCGCGGUGCGUCCCCUGCCUCACAGCAUGCCCUCCACCAGCCGGGCAGGGUGCCUGAAGGACCCCAAGAUUGCUGAUCUCUUCUUUAAGGAGGACCCCGAGAAGCUCUUCUCAGACCUCCGAGAGAUCGGCCAUGGCAGCUUCGGCGCAGUGUAUUUUGCACGGGAUGUGCGGACUUCAGAGGUGGUGGCCAUCAAGAAGAUGUUGUACAGUGGGAAACAGUCCAAUGAGAAAUGGCAGGAUAUCAUUAAAGAAGUGAAGUUCCUCCAGAGAAUACAACACCCAAACAGCAUAGAGUAUAAAGGAUGCUACUUACGGGAGCACACAGCAUGGCUUGUCAUGGAAUACUGUUUAGGCUCAGCCUCUGACCUCCUUGAAGUUCAUAAGAAGCCCCUUCAGGAAAUUGAGAUUGCUGCAAUUACCCAUGGUGCUUUGCAGGGCCUUGCAUACCUUCAUUCCCACAACAUGAUUCACAGGGAUAUUAAAGCUGGGAACAUCCUGCUGACCGAGCCUGGACAAGUCAAACUAGCAGAUUUCGGUUCUGCCUCCAUCGCCUCUCCGGCCAACUCUUUUGUGGGGACACCAUAUUGGAUGGCCCCUGAAGUGAUUUUAGCCAUGGAUGAGGGACAGUAUGAUGGAAAGGUGGACAUCUGGUCUCUGGGGAUCACUUGCAUAGAACUAGCGGAAAGGAAGCCUCCUCUGUUUAACAUGAAUGCGAUGAGUGCCUUAUACCACAUAGCACAGAAUGAGAGUCCCACACUACAGUCAAGUGAAUGGACGGAUUAUUUUAGAAAUUUUAUUGACUCUUGCCUUCAGAAGAUUCCCAAAGACAGACCACACUCUAAGGAUUUGUUGCAGCAUGCCUUCGUCCUGCGAGAGAGGCCAGACUCUGUUCUGGUGGACCUAAUUUUGCGGACAAAAGAUGCCGUUCGAGAGCUGGACAACCUGCAGUACCGCAAGAUGAAGAAGCUCCUCUUUCAAGAGGCCCACAAUGGGCCAACCACUGAGACCCACGAGGGAGAAGAGGAGCCGGAGCAUGGGGUUGGUCGCACAGGCACAGUGAGCAGUGUUGGCAGUAAUCAGUCUAUUCCCAGCAUGUCGAUCAGCGCGAGCUCUCAAAGCAGCUCAGUGAAUAGCCUUCCUGACGCCGCUGAUGACAAGAGUGACCUUGAUCUGGAGAAAGACCACACAGUCAUGUCUAACAGUUCGGUCAUACACCUAAAGCCUGAAGAAGAGGAAGUUUACAGAGAGGAUCCUGAAACACGUCCUUCUGCCCCAGAAGCUCAGGUGGCGCCCACACAACCUCCACGAUACAAGCCUUCUCGCAACCGUGAGCACUUUGCCACCAUCCGCACAGCCUCUCUGGUGACGCGACAGAUGCAGGAGCACGAGCAGGACUCAGAGCUGAGGGAGCAGAUGUCUGGUUACAAGCGCAUGAGACGGCAGCACCAGAAGCAGCUCAUGGCCUUAGAAAACAAACUGAAAGGGGAGAUGGACGAACACAGGCUGAAACUGGACAAAGAGCUGGAGGCCCAGAGGAACAGCUUUGCUGCUGAGAUGGAGAAACUCAUGAAGAAAAACCAAGUAACAACAGAUAAAGAUGCCAAGUUAUUUGCCAACGAUGAGAAGAAAUUCCAUCAGCACAUUCAAGCCCAACAGAAGAAAGAGCUUAGCAGCUUCCUGGAGUCACAAAAACGAGAGUACAAGCUACGCAAGGAGCAACUGAAAGAGGAGCUGAAUGAGAAGCAGUCCACCCCGAAGAAGGAGAAGCAGGAGUUGUUGUCGAAACAGAAGGAGAACUUUCAGAACUACCAGGCAGAGGAGGAAGCAAACCUGCUCCGUCGACAGCGCCAGUACCUGGAACUUGAGUCUCGCCGCUUUAAACGCAGAAUCCUCACCGCAAAACACACCGUAGAGCAAGACACACUGCGGGAGGAGAUAAAUAAGCGGCAGACACAAAAGGAUCUGGAGCAUGCCAUGCUGCUGCGCCAUCAUGAGUCCAUGCAGGAGCUGGAGGUCAGGCAACUGGGCACCAUCCAUAAGAUGCGCAACGAACUGAUCCGCUUACAGCAUCAGACUGAGCUCACCAACCAGCUGGAGUACAACAAGCGCAGAGAGCGAGAGCUACGCCGCAAACACGUCAUGGAGGUUCGGCAGCAGCCCAAGAGCCUUAAGUCUAAAGAGCUGCAGAUCAAGAAGCAGUUCCAGGACACGUGUAAGAUCCAGACAAGGCAGUAUAAAGCCCUGCGCAACCACCUGCUGGAAACUACACCCAAGUCUGACCACAAGGCUGUGCUGAAGAGGCUGAAGGAGGAGCAGACGCGCAAAUUAGCCAUCCUUGCUGAGCAGUAUGAUCAUUCCAUCAAUGACAUGCUCUCCACACAAGCUCUGCGUCUGGAUGAGGCACAGGAGGCCGAAUGUCAGGUGCUAAAAAUGCAGCUGCAGCAGGAGCUGGAGUUGCUGAACGCCUAUCAGAGCAAGAUCAAGAUGCAGACAGAUGCGCAGCACGAGCGGGAAAGGAAAGAGCUGGAGCAGAGGGUUUCACUGAGGAGAGCUCUUCUCGAACAGAAGAUUGAAGAGGAGAUGGUUGCCCUGCAGAACGAGCGCUCUGAACGCAUCCGCAGUCUAUUAGAGAAGCAGGCCAGGGAGAUCGAGGCAUUUGACUCUGAGAGCAUGCGUCUGGGCUUCAGCAACAUGAUGCUCACCAGCCUGUUCUCGUCUGACAGCCACAGCAACAGCUUUCCGGGGGCUCAGAGUAACUGGGGCUCCCAGCACCACCACCAUCACCAUCCAAGCCACAGCGGUUCAGUCCAGCAGCCCUGGGGUCACGGUCUGCCUCCAGGAGGACCACCUCCAUGGGGGCACCACGGGUCUGGAGGCAGCCAGCGCUCUAGUGGGGGAAGCAGCGGGCAGAGGAACAGUCCCCCGGGGGGACGGCGGGGCACCUCAGGUGGCCGCAGUGAGCAGGCAAUGAGCAGGAGCUCCAGCAUCGCCUCUCAGAUUUCCAAUGGCUCGCACCUGUCCUUCACGUAAGACCACACGCUGCUCUCCCACAACACCCUUGAUCGAUCGAGAAUGCCAUGGGGGAAGGGAUAAAGGGGCACCCUGGUCAUUACUUUAGUUUUACACCCAUUCCUUUAAUUCUUGUCCUCGAAAUAUGUAUUUUGUACACAUGGCAAGCACAAACCGCAUCCAUCAUAGUUCCAGUUCUAAGAAUGUCAGCCAGAUAGACAAUUACACUGAAAGUAUUCUGGCCAAAUGCAUCAAAGUUCAGCUUGAAUAUCAGGAGAUGUCUUUGCAGUGAUGAGGAAAGGUUUUGAAUUCAGAGAAGAUUUUAGAGAGUGUUAGAUUGACUUGAAUGAACAUGUGAAUGGUGUGCGCAUGAGCUCUCACAGGUGAGACAGUAUGCAAAUUUUAAUGCAGUGGGGUUUUAUCAUGGUCUUAGCAGGUUGUGUUGAUUGCAGAGAGUGGGAGAUGAAUGCUGAUUAUUUCUUUAAACUUGAGCUUUUCAGUAGAAUGCGUAGAUCUAUUGUUGAAGAUAGAAAGAUGGUUUAAAGCAGUGUUUCUCAACCACAUUCCUGGAGAACCACCAGUUCUGCACAUUUUCAAUGUUUCCUUAACCAAACACACCUGAUUGGGAUCAUCAGCUUAUUAGCAGAGACUGAACGACCUGUAAUGGGUGUGAAAGACAAAGGAGACAUCCAAAACCUGCAGUGUUGGUGGUCAUCCAGAAACACUGGUUAAAAGCAGGGUUCCCCAAACUCUGUCAUGGAGGGCUGGUGUCCACCAAAGUUUAGUUCCAACCCUGAUCAGACACACCUGGGCUAGCUAAUCAAACUUUUCUAGACUUGCUAGAAACAUCCGUGCAGCUGUGUUGAGGCAAGUUGGAGCUAAAAUCUGCAAGACACCGGCCCUCCAGGACCGAGUUUGGGCACCUUUGGUAUAAAAGUUUGAUAGCAGAAUGUGAAACUUUCAAUCUUUACAGUGCACUUGAUUGUAUAGUUUAGUAUUUUAUAAACUGCACGCACUAAUGUUUAACGUGUUGAUAAUAACAGUAUGCUCUUUUUGUGCCAGAACAAAUUUAAACUGUGAAAUACCAAGAUUUCUUUUAGGAUUGUCAUUUAGAUUUUUUUAUUUUGCUGUGCACUUCCAUUCUUCCAUAGCCAAAAAUGGUAUGUAGAGCAAGAUGCCAAUUUGCUUUCUGAAAACUCUUAUAAUAAGUGUAUUAACAGAUUUGUUAUUUUUUAUUGGCCAAAAGGACAGAUGGUGAUGAAGUACUUGAUUGAUGUGACUUACAGUUGUGGAGGAACCUGACAAGUAGGGCUGCGUUAGACUGAACGACACUUAAAAAUAGGGUUUGCUAUAUGAAUGUACAUGAGCGUUAAAGCAUGUUGGCACAGGAGAACAUCCCUCCUAGAAAACAGUAGAAGCCAUUGAUGUUAUUGUUUUAUGUUUUAGUCUUGAUUUAGUGAUGCCAAAGUUAACAAACACAACUAUGCAAAAGGAGAAUAGCCUCUCUCAUGUUCACACCGCUUAACAUCACAGAAAAGCACUUUACCAUCCGUUUCUACUCUUAUUUGGUCACGUACAGUAGAAGCAGAUCCGAUGGACCUCGGUGCCUCUUCCUCCUCUUUCCCAGGCUGGGUUCAACAGGAGUGUGUUGUGUGGAGGUCUGGUCUGGGUUGGCUUGAGACCGCUGAAUGUUUUUGCUGUAUGGGUGGGUGCCGCUGAUGACGUCCCCGCAAUGCCUUCGUUUCUUCCAUGCCCACCCCAGAGCUCCAGUGAGCGCCGGCCACCCUCAAACCCAACAAUUAUCAUAGCAUGUAGAAAUAAAGUGAUUUGAAGAUGCAACAGAACAGGUUAGUUGUCAUAUAAAACAUUAUGGUGGAAGGGUAUACAGUCAGGAGAGCGCUUUAAGUGAGAUGUACAGUAAAACAUGUGUAUAUUGUAUAUUUAGAAAUCUAAAGAAAUGGAAAUCAAGAUAAACACCCAAGUUUAAAACUACACUAAAACUGAAUUGCUUGAAUGUGAAGAUGAAAGAAAAAAAAAACUUGGUGUCUAAUAUUGAUUAUUUAAAAAGAGGAAAAAAGUUAUAUAUAGAGAGAGAUAAUUAUUCUCAGAGGUGUUAAGCGAAGCCCAAAAAAAAUAGUUUAUUCCCCCCGCAAUUAGACUCAUGAAUGAUAUCACUCUUUAUAUGGAUGUUUCCAUCAUCCUCUCUUUGCUUGUUGCUCUUCUUGCAUUCAAAAGUAUGAAUUACCAUAUUCACUAGUGCCAGUACUCAUGUUCUGUUAUCUGUGAACCAGCAGUGAACUUUCAUCUUCUAAAACAUAAAUGCCAUGGGUUUUCUUUCAGUUUCAUUAAAAAUAAAUAAAUAAAUCGCCAUCAUGCUUGUUAUUGAAUGGCUUCAAAAAUAUUUUCCAGGAAAAGGAAUUCCAGUUCAGAAUAUCACUGCUAUCUGUAUGAUCUAUCAUCUCUGAACACUAUUUUGGCACACUUCUGAUACAUGCAAACCAUUGCAGUUUUCAUGAAGUUGCCAGUGUGACUAAAGAAAUAAAACUGAGCCAAUGUGUAGCCAAUCCUAUAGAUUUGGGCCAAAUGUAACAAAUUAACAUGAGGUCAUUGACCCUGGCUAAUUCAUAUCACUUGCCAAUUAUUUAAUCACAUUCAGUUCUCUAAUGGAAUCACUGGACCAGAGGAACAGCCAUAGACUCAUAAUGUGAUCUUUUUGACAUCGAGUUUACUCUCUCAUGCAGGGUCAUGCAGUAUUUUCUGAAGGAAACAAGGUAUACACUGACAUAAGAGAAUAGAUUCUUUGAAAGCUCUUAGCAUCCUUGUUUUAAUGACCCUUUUGAUAAGUGUGAAAACAACAGGAUGAAUAAUAAUCAAGAAAGGUGGUACAUCUCUGUACAGUGCAUUUACCAGUAUUUUUUUUUUUUCAUGGUUGUCUUGUUUUUCCUGCUUCAACAUUACCAUAGCAAUCCAUAUAUAACCUGUAUUAAAAUGUACAGAUUGUGAAAAACUGAAUGUUGGAGAGAUUACAAAAAUGAUGGCUAUUCGUAACAAAAACACUUACAAGUGAUUUAAGAUGCAAAAAUGAAAAAAAAAAAAAACUUAAUGGGACAAAUGUAAUGUUUUGUUUGUAAUUACUCCUUUUGUUGGCAGAGGGCUACGGGACAAAGAAAUCAACUGUAAUAAAGUAAUUUUAGUAUA